AUGCAGGGGGGACUUGCAUUAACAGGAUGGACACUUGCGAUGGAAAUGCUGAUAGUACUCUUUGCUUCAACAAAAACUGCACUUGUUGUAUUCCUAGAGAUUAACUAUAUUAUUGGUGAAGUGGAUUUAUUGCUUUCGCCCCCACUUGCAAUCUGCUGUGAUGCCUCCGUUGAUCCUCAUGGAGCAAAAGGGAUUGGCGUGCUAAUUCCUGAUAUAGAUCUUGAAGAAAGUGUGUCUUUCCAACUGGCGGCGGCGCUGGAGAGGCGGCACGCGGGCCUCGACGGCGGCGGCAGCGGCGAGUGUCACGGCCGCCGCCACGACCUGGCCACCGUCAGGACAGCGCCGCCGCCGUGGGUGGCUGGGGCAGCGCGGCGGCGACCAGCAGGGGCUCCACGGCCCUGCUUGGCCCUGCUCCUGCUGCUGCCGCUGCUGCUUCUGCUGGAGGGCCUAGACUCGGCAGGGACGUGGCGCGCCAGCGGGGCUGGCCUUGAGCGCGGGCCGGUGCGCUGCAUGCAACGAGGCGGGCGGCGGUGCAGUGCAUGUGUGGAGUGGCGCUGUGCACACGCCAGCAGCAGCAGCAGCAGCAGCAAUACACCAACAGCAGCCGAGCAGCAGCAGAAGCACCAUCGCAUGAGAAGCGGUGCGAGCGCGCGGCGUGUGUGCGUGCGCGCGAGCGAGCAGGCCGCCGCGCCACGCUGCCUCGAACGUAAGCCCAGGAGGAAGGAGGCCAAAUGAUCGUCUUCCUGUCAUUGUGCGAGUGAGCCUUACGGUGCGGCGGCGGCGGCAGCGGCGGCGGCACUUCACUGAGUUGGCGGCAGCGCGCUCCGGCCGGCACCUCCGCGCGGCUCGGGUUUGCUCCAAGCCUCCGCCAGCAGGACUGGAGGCGCCCGUGGGCGGGCGAGGGCGUGCGAGAGGUCGUGACACGGGCGGCGCAGAAGGGGAGGCGGGGGAGGCGGGCAGGCCCCCAGCAGUGGGGCUCCGCGGGUCACUACCACUGUCGCGACGUCAUCAACUCCCACUGCACUGCUGUGAGAACAUCUGACUCCCGAGUCAUGCUGCGGCGACAUGAGCCUUCCUUAGACUGAAGGAGGACGUAUCCGCGGCAGAGCGCCCGGGAGAGAAGUGACCUUUGGCGAGUUUUACACGUCGGUAAAUAAAUCUUCUGCAGUCUGCCGAGUCGUGCUUGUCGCGGUGAAGCGUCGGGUCGAGAUGAUGUGUUGUGGAGGCGCGAGACACAUAAUGCGGCGAGGUACGUGAUAGUGGCCAGUGACAGAAUAAGCACUGACAAAGCUGCACGCGGAAAACUUGUGCUUUGAUUUCACUGAUUAUGCAAGUGACGCCCGGUGAAACUAACCCGUCAUAACAUGCGGAUGUGAGAGUGGAGAGGACCAUGUCCCGACUUGCUGCAUGGCACGCCUCCUCCCGCGUUUCCUGCAUGGCUGCCACGUGCCCCCUGCUCCUCCUCACACGCCAAACGCUGUUGACAACAUUUGCUCUUGUUAGCUCGCCUCUGUGGCCGCGACUUGGCCGGGACGCAGCGCCCCAUCUGUCAUGGUAGUUUAGAGACAUUUUCGGUGUGACGCCCCCGCCGUUUUACUGAGUGAUGUGCUCGUGUUGCUGUGAUGGUGUGUGAUGUGUAGUUCCUCUGUGGCGAUCUAGAGACACCAUACUGUUGAUGUUCAGUGCGGCUGACAGGAGGCAUCAGCUCGCUAGUGAUGUGAGAGGAAAUAUGCAGCAAGAGCUCACACAGUGUGGCAGUGAGUGAGUCGCUCCAGAUGGAAAUCAGAGUCAGGAAGGUCAAGAGAGUGACACCCGCAUAUCAUCCUCGCGUCAGAAAUAGGAGUGCGGAGACCAGGGUUAUCCCGGCGGUCCGCAAGGUUAUGUGAGGCUCCUGUGGGAGUGCUGGGCCUCCUGGUCGGAACAGCUCCGCCACAGCACCAGCCUCAGUCAGACCCCCGCCAGACAGACACGGGCCGGGCCACCUGAGCGUGCGAGCGAGCGAAGAAGGCAGACGAGGCGGCCCGCGGCGCAGCUCGAGGGGCGAGAGCCUUCAGGCACCGCUCUUCCAGGACUCGACUCGUCGCGCCGUUUCCUGGAGCCUGUGCGAACAACCCGCGAGUGUCAGUGUGUGCGUCGGGUGCUGUGGACAACACCAUCGCCGCCGCCCCCUCCUCCUCCUCCUCCUCCUCCUCCUCUCUCUCCUCCUCUUCCUCCUCCUUCUACUGGUCCUCCUCCUCCUGCCUUCUUGGAAAGCAUUUAUGCACCGUGCGGUCGGGAGCGCACGGAGGACUAUGGUAGAACAGCGCCAUGGCGGAGACGGGAGUGUGUGCGUCGACCGUAGCGCGCGUCGCGGCUUCGUCCAGGUGAAGUGUGCUUAUGUCACCUGAGCGAGGUGGCCAGCGGGUCGCAGUGUACACAGGGCUGGCAGCAAGUGAUCUUCGAAGACCCCACCCGGCCCACCCACCCGCCCAUCCUUUCCCCGCCCUCUCUUGCCCUCUCCCCCCUCCUCCCCGC